AUAGCUAAUCCAGUACUUGUCUUGCCGUUCACGCUUCUCAGAUCGAGAUGACUACCGCCGUCGCCGGCCGCUACCUUAACCUUCUCUCUGCCCCGGCGCCUCUUCCCACCUCACGGCGCCCACCUUCUUCUGGUCUGCAUCAACUUUUAUCCUGCAAUAAGCGGCGGCCUGGCGGCGGCCGUGUGACCCGCAGCACCGCCGGCUUCCGUGCCCGGUGCGGGCUCUUGCCGGUCGACCCAUGGGCGCCCACUCUCGACUCCCAGAGCGUCGCCUCCCAGCUCUUCGCCGUAUCCCUGUUCCCCUACUUGGGCUUCCUCUAUUACAUCACCAAAUCCAACACCGCGCCCAAACUCACCCUUUUCGGCUUCUAUUUCUUGCUCGCUUUCGUUGGAGCCACUAUACCCGCUGGAAUAUAUGCAAAGGUGCAUUAUGGAACUUCAUUGUCAAAUGUUGAUUGGUUGCACGGUGGAGCGGAGUCAUUGCUCACUCUCACAAACUUGUUUAUUGUUUUGGGAUUGAGGGAAGCAUUGAGGAAAAUGAAGGACACAAAGAAAAGCACACCUCCAGUUGUUUCGGAUGCUAAAGAGAAAAGCUCUGUAUAGCUCUGAAUCUUCGUGCAUCAAGAUUCAUUCUUCCCAAUCACACCAUGAACCAAUUGACUGAAUCCACAACAAGGUUUCUCCUUUAACCAUCAGCUCUCGAAAUUCUAUUCUGCCUGGUCUCUCCACUUGUUUGCAGAGCAGGAGAUCGAUAUUGGUCUUUCUCUUUAAUUUUUUUGGUCAAGUUUAUUCCUGUUGAAUCAGGCAAUAACUAUUACAGUCAUGUUGCAUUUUAAUUUUCAAAGUUGUCAUCAUGCACACGAUUAUUUAUCUCUAUCCAAAUAAUUCAGGUAGUUGUCAUGCAAUACAACUCUUUGAAAUUUAGAUACAUAUACAAUCUAUGCAUAUGUAGAGCUACACAUCUAUGAGCUGUCAGAAUGUUGUCUAAAGACUAAAUGCCUUGUUGCAUAUGUUCUAUUAAAUCUAUUUUGGUUGUA